AGUUAGUCGACAUUGUUCUCUCGGCUAUGCAGUCGAUGGCUGCUACCGCUGCAGCCCUGGCCAGCUCGGCUUGUGUGCUUGGCUCUGGGUCUGAAUCACACCAGUUGCAUCACAUCCCGACUCCCAUCGGCUCUGGCUACCAGGUGGGGUCAGCCAGCCGUGUCUGUGUUGGUGAGGAGCUAUCUUCAGUCAGAGGCAGCGGAGGUAGCAUCAGUAAUACCACAACCGGAGGUGGAGGUGGUCAUGACCACGGCUCAGGCAAUCGUAAUGCCGGGGGGGAAAAUGCAACAACAGCAGGAUACACUUGUUUAAGCGCUGGCAGUGGACAGUCAAGCAGUACAGAUGAUCCACUGGCCGGACUGCUUGACCUGAACGCAACAGACGCGCUUGGAAGGACUGCUCUGCAUUGGGCUGCGGUCACUGAUCAGCCUGAGGUUGUUCGCCACCUACUUGCGGCUGGGGCCAGCCUUGACUCACAGACUCAACGCGAUGAGACUAGUCUCGCUCUUGCAGCCCGUGAGGGUGCUCUCAGCGUCUGUGGCCUUCUCUUGGCCGGCGGAGCCAAUCCAGACCUGGCCGAUCACCUGGACCGAACGCCGCGUCAGCUGGCCGAGAUUAGUGGUCAUGAGGCCGUCGUCCGUCUGCUCAUCUCCGCAUCCACCGCGGCUGCUGCCGCCACUGCCACUGGCCAACUGGUGACUGUUCUGUCCGACGAAGCUUCUUCGACGUUCGCUUGCGUUGCAAAUAUUCACCACCAGCGGACACCGCAUUCAUCGCAGCACGCUCAUUUGCAGUCGAACAUGAUGCACUCGCAUAGCCAACAGACUCAACACCAGUCCCAAGAGCCUCAGCUCCAGCAGCAACAGCAGCAUCAACACCAACUCAACGCACACCACCAACAAUCCAAUGGAUUGACAACUAGCAGUCCAGAUGCUCGGGGCGGCAGUGCAUCAGCCUACUAUCAACUGGCUCCUCUUGCCUCACCAAUGGCUGCCUGGUAA